AUAACUAUAGAAUCAUACAUGGGCAUAUAUGAGAUCGACAACGCGCGCAGUCACCUUCUUCAACCCCAAACCCUGAAAAAAAGAGAGAUUUUAACAAAAAUUUCGAAUGAACCUCAGCAAAUACUGUCUCACAAAUUUCAAUUCCAACAAAAAUGUUGCUGCAGCGGCUCUUGCUGGUAGGUAUGGGAUCCAAGCUUGGCAAGCAUUCAAGGCUCGAUCCCCUAAACCUAAAAUCCGCAAGUUCUAUGAUGGAGGAUUUCAGCCUAAGAUGACCAGAAGAGAAGCAGCUCUGAUUCUUGGUAUCAGGGAGAAUGCAACAGCAGACAAGGUCAAGGAAGCACAUAGAAAAGUAAUGGUAGCAAAUCAUCCUGAUGCUGGAGGUAGCCAUUACCUUGCGUCUAAAAUCAACGAAGCCAAAGAUGUGAUGCUUGGGAAGACAAAGGAUGGUGGAUCUGCAUUCUGAUAGAGCAAGUAUCGGUCAGUUUUUAAGAAUGCUCCUUUCUUAUCCUCAUUGAAGUAUUUCGUUUUCGGUUUGAGUCUUGCUUACUUAUGAUUGAUGUAAGCUUUUGUUGCACGAUGAUUUAGAUUAUAUCUUUAGUGCUUAUUUUCAAUGAUUGUAUCUUCACUUAGAAGCCAUUUGCUAUGCUGCACCAGAAUAGCUCAAUGUAAAGGUACUGGGAACUAUAUAGUUCAAUAGCAAUAAGUCGUUCUUAGUGAGCAA